GUGAUAGCGAUAGAUCUCGCGUCAUUCCCUUCCUCAUAUUAAAUUUUUACACUCACAGCGCUGGCCCGCUAUAGACAACUAAUAUACUAAUCCUGGACUCGUCGGGAAGAAGAGGAGGCUUCAAGAUCAUUCAGAACCACAAGUCAUACGCGCUCCGCUUUUUGUACACUGCGCUCAACUCACAACCAUGCUUCCAACGAUAAUACUUCUGAGCGCUUCGCUCGGCCUCGCAACGGCCAAAUCGAACCCAUACAUGUUGUACGGAGUACCAAAAGGCCCCGGCAUCGACAUCGAUGAGAUGCAAAGCAUGGAUUCUUUCGAAGUAGUUACUGCAGCAGUCGACAAUAGCACUCAUCCCUCGAAUACAACGCAACCUCCGACGACCACGUCCACGCCCACGAUGCCAAAUACGCCAGGUCUCGCGGAGCCGUGCGCUGCUGUCAGUAGCGCAUUACAGGCUAUUCCUUCGGGAAGCCGGAAGGUUAUCCCAGCGGAGUUAGCAGUCAGGUGUCUUCAAUCAGUGCCGUUGGACCAGAAAGGCAACAUGCAACUCAUAGACGACUUGAAGCUGUAUCUUGAGUGGCAGAGUAACAUCGCGUUUCUGAAAAAUCCUCCGGCCGAAUACACAGAACAGCCAGUGGAUCUUAUGGGGGAAAUGGACAGCAUGAAGAAGCAAUUGGCCGCCAACGGUUUCCAGAGCGAGUAUGACUUUCAGCUAGAGUUGAACAAGCUGUUCACGCGUGCAUACGACAACCAUCUUGCGUGGCAGCCUGAUAUCCUGGCAGGCGUCAUGCAGUUUCAACGCCCUGCUGGGACAGAACUCGUAUCCGUCUCAUCCGAUGGGAGCCAGCUGCCUGAAAUAUACUCUUACCGGGACCUGGAGCUUGCGAAGAACAAUACUUCGUUCAAACCCUCCCCCGUGCGAACAAUCAAUGGCGUCGGAGUGGAGGAAUACUUGCAGACUGUGGCUACGCAGGCUGACUUCCACGAUUCAGACACCCGAUGGAAUGCACUCUUCCCUAGUCAAGCGCUUAUCGCUUCUGGGGUCAACUAUCUCGGAUCAUUCAGGACAGGCAUGUUCGAAGGACCAAACACCACCAUGGCUUUUGCCAACGGCACAGUAAAAUCUUCAAUAAAUUUGGCAGUCGUUAUCGGAGACUUUACAGGCGUCACUGAUGGUACCACCUUUUUCAGGAAAUUCUGUUCCGGUCCCACAUUCAACACGGCCGCUACUACAACUGCCGUCAAUGGUAGUAAUGUGACGGUCCCCUCGCAGGCACCCUCACCAUCCCAUGUGGGAUAUCCGAAAGCUGAGCUCAUACAUCCAAAUCUGUCACUUGGAGGUUAUUGGAUCAACGACACUGGAUACGAUGAUGUUGCUGUCAUGAGCAUCCCUUCGUACGAAUCGCCGGACGUUCAGCUCUUCCAGAACAUCAUGCGCGACUUCAUCCGCAUGUCCGUCAAAGCAGGUAAAACUAAAAUGAUAUUCGACCUUCGCGGAAACGGCGGAGGGAAUGCAAUCCUCGGCUACGACUCCUUCAAACAGGUCUUUCCGCAGGCCGAUCAAGAGCCCUUUGGUGGAACACGGUUCCGGGCGAACGACGCUCUCAACGUAGUUGGUCAAAUGACUCGAGAUUUUGCUGCCAACAAGACAUUUGUGCAGAGCAACUCGGCCGCAUUUCAGGAAGCGUUCGGGCAGCUUAGCAUGAAUGAUGUAUUUCUGUUCACCAGCGGCUUCAACUUCCAACACCAGCUCGAUGCCAAUAACGAGGCAUUUGGAAGCUGGGAGCAGAUGUUCGGGCCGGAAACGGUCAAUGACGACAAGUUUACCAAAACACUCAGAUACAACUUUAGCGACGAGGUGAGCUACACGUAUCCCGAUUUCUCGGUUAUUGGAUUCUUGGAGAAUGCGAACGAGACGAAGACCCCGCAGCCCUUCAAAGCGCAGGACAUCGUUAUGCUCCACGACGGCAUGUGCUCCUCAACCUGCACCAUCGUCUCCGAACUCCUCAAAAAUCAAGGCGGCGUCCGCACCAUCGCCGUCGGUGGCCAGCCCAAAGCCGGCCCUAUGCAAGGCAUCGGCGGCACCAAGGGAGCCCAGUCUUUCUCCUACGACGACGUCCAAAUCCGCACCCAGAUCAUCUACUUCCUCGGCUCCCCCGAACAGCAAACCCAAUGGAACCAAACCUCCCUCGGCAAAACCGCUUUUGCAGAGCAAAUGUUCAAGCGCACCGCGUACAGUGGUGAUAGGCCUGCAGGCGGCAUCAAUCUCAAGGAUAAUCUCCGCCGCGACGACCCGUCGAACACGCCGCUCGAGUUCAUCUAUGAGGCUGCCGACUGUCGCAUGUUCUACACAGCGCCUAUGAUCAAUGAUGUGACGAUGGUGUGGAAAGGUGUCGUAGAUCGUAUGUUUAGAAAUGGCACGGCGAAGUGCGUGGAGGGGAGUACGGGGGAUAAGAGCAGUGUUAGUGGGGGUGGGCAGAUGAAGGCUGGGAGCGUGCCGCCACCGCCGCCGCCGGCAAGGGCGGGUGUGGGUGAGUUUGAUGGCGCUGGAAAUAGGUGGGCGGUAGGGAGGUUAGGGUGGGCAAUUAUCGCUGCGGCCGUGGGUCUGGCGGUGUACACGUAGUCGGGUUGAAAGA